AUGAGUGAAAUUGCUUCUGCUAAAUGUGUCGAUCUUCUAAUGAUUGGUAAAACUGGUAACGGAAAGAGCUCUCUGGGCAACGCCAUUUUACGACGUGAAAUCUUCAUUACUUCCGCCGACACUGAUUCUGUUACCUCUAAAGUUGAUUAUGAGUACGGUGAAUUUGAUGGCCGCAUCCUGAAGGUUGUUGAUGUACCUGGAGUUGGAGAAACCCGCUUGAGCCGUGAAGAAUCAACUAAUCUUGUUAUGAUGUCAAUGGAGUACGCCAUUAAAACCAAUCCAGAGGGAUAUCAUGCAUUUCUUCUUGUUUUCAAAUACGGACAAAGAUUUACGGCUGAAGAACAUGAAACAAUACAGUUCCUAAAGCAAUUUUUUGGAGAAAACUUUGUCAAGACAUUUUGCAUCGCACUAAUGACAGGCGGAGAUAAUUUUGAAAGAGACAGUAGAAAAACGAAAUUAACUUUCCCUGAAUGGUGUGAUAAACAGACCGGUGAAUUCAAAGAACUGUUAAAGGAAUGCAAUCAAAGAAUCAUUUUGUUUGACAACGUAACUGAGAAUGAAGAAAAGAAAGAUAGCCAAGUAGCUGAUCUCUUAAAAAUGGUUGAAAAUUUAGCGUCAAGUGGUAAAAGAUACACGAACGCACAUUUUGAAGCGGCCAGAACAGCUCGUGAUAAACUCAUGAUAGAAGCCAAGGAACCCAUGAUACGACAUGAGACAAUGAGAGAGACCAGCCUUAUCUUAGAUAAGCUCAACAAAAUAAUUGACAAUGAAGACCUAAAUGAAAUGAUGUUACAUCUAGACGAGCUUUCCCUUAGAGCUCGAGAUUUGUACGAGAGCACGAAGAUACAAGACAAGGGGACCGGGUCUCUCAGUGAGUUGUUGGGCACGGUUAAAAACAUAAAAAAUCAAAUUCGAAAAGAAAAAAAACGUGCGAAAACUAAAGUUGCUCAGAAUGAAAAAAAUCGAAAACUAAAGGAGGCGAAAGAAAGACAGUACAAGGAGCAAAUGCAAAGAAUUAAGGAGGAGGCUGAAAAAAAAAUUAAAGAAGAAAAGAUUGCUUUGGAAAAGGCAAAUAAACAAAAUGAGGAAGAGAGAAAAAAAAUUAAAGAGAAGUUAAAUAGACAAAAAGAA